AUUUUUUACAGGAAUCCACUAGGUUCAAGAUUGACUAAAUACACCCUCGUUUUCAACAUGUAUUUCAGCAGUAUCAUUCUACUAACAGGAAUUCUUAAUUCGGUGGUGCUUUUACACGAAGCCGAUGCUGUGGAUAUACAAAAACAAUUAACGGAUACGAUUAUGGGCAAUUAUGACCCGACCGUGAGACCCGUCAAGUACACGACCACUCCCACGCAUGUGAACUUUUCUUUUUGGCUGCAACAAGUUAUCGACCUGGAUGAACGGCUACAGAUAUUCACAUUUGCUGCUGGUCUUAAAAUGAAUUGGAAAGAUGAGCACUUGAUCUGGGAUCCAGCUGAAUAUGUUGGUAUUGAGAAAUUGUGGAAUUCGUCUUCUAAAAUCUGGACUCCUCCUAUAGGCCUAUGGAACAAUGCAGAGAGCAACAAUGUUAUGACGGACACAAUACUUAGCAUUGACUACACGGGUACCAUCCAAUACGAUGCUCCAGUGACAAUCAGCAGUUUCUGCAAAAUCGAUUUUUUCUUUUUUCCUCUGGAUGAGCAAAUAUGUGUUCUAGAGUUCGGACCAUUUAUCAUGGAUACCAGCAUAAUCCAAAUGCACGUCAUGGAAGGUAGCGAGCAUAUUAAUUCGGACAUGAACGAGGGCGAGUUUAUAGUUCACAAUGUGAUUUUAAACAGCGACGAAAAGAAUUUUACUGACGGCUUCUUCUCCUAUAUAAAUGUGGUUCUACAUUUGCAACGUCAGCCACAGUAUUACCUCUUGAAUCUUCUUAUUCCGUGCCUCAUCAUCUUCUGCAUCUCCUUCGCCAGUUUCUCAUUACCGCCGGAUUCCGGGGAAAAGAUUAGCCUGUGUGUUACAAUUCUACUGUCUAUGGCACUUUUUCUGGGACUAUCCAGUGCAAUGAUGCCACCGACAUCGGGUAGUAUCCCCUUAAUAGCGGAGUGCCGUGACAAUGAGAAUAAAACUUACUGGCCGUUGACAAAGAACGGAAGCGUAUAUUCUAAUAAUUUGGAAAUGAAAACGAAGGACGUAUCGGCAAGCAUCAGCGAAGAUGAUGGUAUUUGGCUCAGGCAAAGUAAACUGGACCCUGGUACACAGGCUAUGAUCAACGAGCUCAAAAGUGUUUCGUCUAGCCUCAAGUUCCUAGUUACACGGAAAAUAAACGAAGAACACGAGGAGAACGUGAACAGAGAGUGGAAACAAGUUGCUAUUGUCAUGAAUCGUUUUUUUAUGUACGUCUUCAGUUUCGUGUGUGUCGAAAAAACAUCUAUGGAAUACAAGAAAGCGUUAAAGGAUAAGUUGUUUGGAGGUAGUUUCGAUCCAUCCUUUCGUCCUGUUAUCAACGAAUCUGACCCAGUUGUCGUCAAGUUACGAUACACUCCAACCCAGAUUGUAGCUUUGGAUGAAAUUCGUCAAAUCCUCACAACGGUAGCCACAGUGCACAUGACCUGGCACGAUGACUAUCUUAACUGGAAUUCAUCUGAAUAUGGAGGAUUACAAGUGUUAAGACUGAGCAGCUCAACAGUAUGGACGCCCCCUAUUAAGCUCCGAAACAGCGCCGACAAAGAGCAUUUUAUGGUGGAUACACUUCUCACGAUAUUCAAUGACGGCAGUGUUUUGUGGUACGCCUCGGUCACUCUAAACACGUUCUGUUCGUUGGAUUUAUUCUUUUUCCCGGUUGACGAACAAAUGUGCACCCAGGAGUUCGGGAUGCGAAUUCCAGCGGGUCUUCUCGGGAUGGAUUACUUGGAUUUGAAAUUGAUGAACGACGAGUACAGCGUCCCAGACUACCAAAACAUCAACCAAUUGUCACGUGAUUGGGGGUUAAGAAACAUGCACAUCUACGUCAACGAGAAGUUCGAGUUCUUCGGACCUGUUUACUUCAUCGUGGCCGAACUACAUCUCUAUCGUGUAUCCUUCUUCUAUUUAAUGAACCUUGUUAUUCCGUGUACUCUGAUCUUUCUUCUCACUCUCUUCGGAUUCUGUCUCCCGCCGGACUCAGGAGAAAAGGUGGGACUGAGCGUUACUAUAAUAUUGAUAUGUAAUGCAAUGGCUUUUAUGACGCCCUCUGCGGCAGCUGGUGUUUCUAUGUUAGCGUUGGUAAACAUCUUGACGAUGAUUCUGGUGGCUGUCUUUACGGGUAUGAACGUGAUAGUGCUGACAUAUUGGUAUCGUGGUCCCGAAUGUCGUCCGAUCCCGCAGUGGAUGAGAACAGUUGUGUUGAAAUAUUUAGCGAGACUCCUCUGUAUGAAGAACGAAGUUUUACAAGUCACUAAAAAAAGGGAGAGUGAGCGACGACACAGUCAGAUCUUUAAGACAAACGUGUCACUGCGCACGCUCAAUGACGAAGGCUGCAGUCGUCUGCUGGAUAACGAAUGUUUCGAGCUUAAAAAUGGGACCAACAGAAAAGUUCGGUCGACUCGUGAUUUCUCGAGUGUUUUACAGAACACGGCCUCAACUAGUCAGGGAUCUAUGGACGGCACAUGCGUACAAAUACUGGAUGACAUAAGCAGCAAUCUCAAUUAUUUGGUUGUGAAAUCAAUGGAAGAACAGAAAGAAGAUAAAGUACGGAAGGAAUGGAGGAAGUUCGCCAUGAUUCUCAACCGAUUUUUUCUAUUGGCGUUUGUUGGGCUUGUCCUGCUUGAGAUUAUGUAUCUGUUUUUACAAAUAGACGCUUCCAGCAAAAACAACUUCUAA